AUGACAGAUUCCAUUAACAAUGAAUUACCAUUAAAUGAAACACUUGUUGCUGUAGAAAGUACCGAUGUAAUUACUGCCAAUAUUAUCGAUGAAACGGUUACAAAGAAAAGAAAAAGAACAGCUGCUGACAGCAAUAAGGACAUGAAUGAUGAUAACAUAACUCAAAAGAACAAGAAGUUGAAGAAGAAUAAGAAGAACAAAAAACUUUCUAAACCAAUAACAAUUACCAUUGAUGAAAGUCGUUUUUCUAAUCCCACAAAGAAAAUCUCGUUGAAAGAUUUGAGAGAUUUAUCAUUAUUCGUCUUGAAUAACACGAAUAAUAUACCAGAUUGGAUUCAAAUUAAUAAUAGAGGAGCAAUAAAUAAACUAGUUGUGUUGUUUACGCCUGGGUUACAAGGGGAAGACUAUAGCUUUUCUGAAGGUACAAGAUUCCACAAGGAAUUUAUUACAUUAAGAAAGGAAAAGUCAGAUAAGAUUCCCUUACAUAAUUUUAAAUAUUUGGAAAAUUAUCCAAAUUUUGCAAUUCCAAAUAAUAGUAUUCAAAGUUUCCCCGUAAUUGGACCUGGUUCCAAAUUGACCAUAUAUUCACCAUAUAAUGCAUAUAUCAAUGUUGGAUUAACAAAAAAUGAGAAAUUAGAGAAACGUGAAAUGUUAGCUAAACGGAAAAUAACCAUUCAUGAUUUAUUAAUGACAUUAGAUGAGUUAUUAGAAAGUGAUUACCCAAUUCACCCCAAUACAAAAGGCAUUAUUAAUAACAGUGAUAAUUAUAAAGAAAUAAUUGCAUUGCCAUCUCAAGAUUGGAUAGAUACUAAACCUUUUGAUCAUGAUGGGUCACAUACUUUUGCACUAGAUUGUGAAAUGUGUCUUUCUGAAAAUGAUGGGUUAGUAUUAACAAGGAUAAGUGUUCUUGAUUUUGAUAUGAAAGUUAUUUAUGAUACAUAUGUUAAACCAGACGUCCCAAUUGUGGAUUAUUUGACAAAAUUCAGUGGUAUUACAAAGGAAAUUCUUGAUCCAGUGACAACGACUUUAAAAGAUGUUCAAAAUGAUUUAAUGAAAAUUAUCAGUUCUGAUGAUAUCUUAGUAGGACAUUCAUUACAAAGUGAUUUAAAAGUUAUGAAAUUAAGACAUCCAAGGAUUAUUGAUACAGCAAUUAUUUUCAACCAUAAAGCGGGACCACCAUUUAAACCAGCAUUACGUUAUUUGGCUUCCACAUAUUUAAACAUUAAUAUUCAAGAGGGUAAUUCUAAUGUUUUGGGUCAUGAUUCCAUUGAAGAUGCUAGAACAUGUAUGCAAUUAUUGAAAUUGAAACUUGUUAAUGGGUUAACAUUUGGUAUUUCGAUAAAUACAGAAAAUAUAUUUGAUAGAUUAUAUGAAAAGAAUGGAGUUAAAUCGUGCAUAUUAAAUGAUUCAGUGAUCUCAACGUUAUCUAAUAAGGGAGAUAAUCAAUAUAAGAAAAGGAUACGAUGUAAUAAUGAUCAAGAAAUUUUUGAUUCUAUCUUGGAAAAUGUUGAAACGACAGAUUUUAUUGUAGCAAGAUUGAGAGAUUUAGAAUUUAUUAGAGGUUAUUCUCAAAGAUCUAAGAUAUCUGAAAUAAAUUUUGAGUCAGAACUUUCUAAUGAAAAUGAAAUAUUAAGUAAUAUGGGUGAAUAUAUUGAUAAAAUUUAUGAAAAGGCGCCUGAAGGGACGAUGAUACUUUUAAUAUCAGGUAGUGGUGAUACAAGGCCAUGGGCAGCUAUGAUGAAAGAAUUGAAUGCAUUAACAGGUGAAAAGAAAAAUGAAUUGAAAAGAGAACUAGAGAAGGAAAUUGAAGAAAGUGUUCAUAUUGCUCGUGAUGGUGUUGCCUCUAUCAUCAUUAAACAACCUGUAGUAGCUAAAAGAAAUACAGAUUAG